AUGCGUCUCAUCAAUGUAAAGACGCUCAAAUUAGAGGAAUUUCUCGACUAUCAGGCGCCUCCCUAUGCUAUACUGUCCCAUACCUGGGGAGACGACUCUGAAGAGCUCAGCUUUCGCGACGUUGAAGAUGGAAACAUCAACAAACUUGGCGUCGGAUCUGCCAAAUUCCGAGGAUGCUGUCGACAAGCCGCGGAGGACAACCUUGGUUAUGCCUGGAUUGAUACCUGUUGCAUUGACAAGACAAAUCUGGUCGAGCUCAGCGAGGCUAUAAACUCCAUGUUCCGGUGGUAUCAGCGUGCCUCUAUCUGCUAUGCUUUUCUAUCCGAUGUUCCCAGCGAUGAUCAUUUCAAGCAGAAGAGCUCCAAGUUCCGGAGAAGCCGGUGGUUCCAGAGAGGAUGGACUCUGCAGGAACUUCUUGCACCUAAAACGAUGCGGUUUUAUGGCGCUAUUUCCCCAUCAGAUACACACAGCGGACAAGCCUUCGUCGACACAAACUUGGUCCAAGAGUGGCGUCUUUUGGGAAACAAAGGAAAUAUGAGCACCACUAUUGCGUCGAUCACAGGCAUACCUCAGCAUUAUCUACUGGGAAUUACUGCACUCCAUACGGCAAGCGUCGCACAGCGCAUGUCGUGGGCAGCGCACAGGGAUACGAAACGCAAGGAAGACCUCGCGUAUUGCCUUCUCGGCAUCUUCAACAUAACAAUGCCGAUGAUUUAUGGAGAGGGUGGUGAACAGGCAUUCUUCCGGCUACAGGAACAAAUUAUGAAGGUGACAAGAGAUGAUUCAAUACUGGCCUGGGGGCUGGGAACCAAUGAUUCGUCUACCAACAACUCUGGCAGUACCACAGGUGGGAGAAUUAUGGCCAAGGCCCCGGCAGACUUUGCACAUUCAGGGAACAUUAUUCGACGAGACCAAACUCUCAAAUAUACGAGCUCAGUCGACAUGUCUGGUGGUAGCAUUCGAGCUCACCUGCCACUGCAUACUACUCCCACGGGCCAGAUAAUUGGGCUUCUCAGCUGCGGACCCGAGAAUAAUUCGCAACAGGUGGUU